AUGUCAGCAUUUAGAGCUUUCAUGAUUUAUGAUUACUAAAGAAGUUUCUUCCUUAUGUUUAUAAGAAGAGGUUUUUAGGUGUCUCCUAAAUGGAAUGGCUGUAGAAAGGAAUUGGAAAAUAAACUUCAAGAAAUGGUCAAAGAACCCAAAGAUAAUUUUGAGUAACCCACAGACUAUGGGAAGUUUAAAUGUAAGUAUGACAAACUGAACAAAUGUUAUUUCAUUCUAUUGAGCAGCAAUGAAGUUAGAGAGGAUUAUCAAAAUUAAGUUUUGAGUGAAAUAUAUGAACUCUUUUAAAGUAUGCCUAAUUACUAAAAAAUUAAAAAAGAGGAUUUGGAAAAAAAAGAAACUGAAACCAUUGAGAAAUUGCUUGAAAUGAAAGAAUAAGAUUAUGCUAGAAAACAUGGAAAGGUGAAAGCCUUUGAAGAACCUUAUGAGGCUAAGCCUGAUAAUAUGCUUUAAUAACAAAGCUAAAUAUAAUCAUAACUAAAAGUUGGAUCAUAAAUUAAUAGUUCAUCCAAUCAAAGGGCUAUAUCCUAAAUUCAGAAUGGCUCUGUUGGCUAUAAAUAAAGUUCUGCAUUUAAUUCAGAUAAGGAUUUAAGUGCUGAUACACUCAUAAAAAUAUUUCGAUGCUUCAUGAUGUGGGAUUACAAUAGAUAAUUCUUUUUCAUGUUCAUAAGAAAAGGAUUUCCAAUUGAUAAGACUUGGAGUCAAGAGAGAGUUAAAUUAGAAGCAGAAAUUAAGGCUAAGUAGUUAGAUCCAAAUGAUCCUAAAGCAAAACCAAAAGAACCUCCUGAACAAUUCAGCUAUAGAGGAAAUUUUGGCUAAUACAGGGCAAAAUACGAUAAAAAAGCAAAAUGUUACUUUAUUUUACUCACUAGAUUCAAAAUUAAGGAAGAUCCCUAAAUCAAACUCUUAGAAGCCUUAUACGAAGAAGUAUAAAAAGUAGACAAGUACAUUUCUCUAAAAUAUGACGCUUUAGAGGGAAAGAAAAAAAGAGAGUUAGAAAAAAUUAUUGAUGAACAUGAAAAGGAGUUAGCAAAUCAAGUAAGCUAAAGGUUUAUCGACACUAAACUAAUGGAGUCUAAAUUAGGUUUUAUUCAUUCUCCAGAGAGAGUGUCGAAUAAUAACUUAUCUUCAAAAAAGAGUUCCAUCUUUAUAUCUAAUCAACUUUAACAACAAUAAUAAUAAUAAUAAUCCCUAAUCAACUCUGCAUAAUCCUUACAAUAACCUUAGAUAAGCCAAUAAAAACAAUAAAAAUUAUAAUAGCAAUAACAAUAAAAAUAAUAACAAGAAGAAAAUUUCUAAAAAAAAGAAAUUUAAGAUGGUCCUAGUAUUGAUGAGAAAAUAGAUGAUACUGAAAAUAUCCCAUAUUAUUAGGAAGAAGGUGAACUUGCAAAUAGAGUUUAUUUGUAUUAUACCAAACCAUUAUAGGUUUCUUAAUAUAUUAAAUCUGGGAAUUGA